AUGCCCAAACCCUUAGAAAGUGGAUCCAUAAGCUCGGAUACCGUUCCCCUAAUACCAAUGAGUGCCGGUGCGACACACAUGUGCGCCCUCACCACCAAUGGACACGUGUAUAUGUGGGGUGAUAAUCGAUAUUACCAGUUGGGCAACGGGUCGACCACCCAAUCCACUGAACCCACGGACACGACAUGGGGUUUAGUGAGCGACAAAGUGGUGGACAUCUCGUGCGGUUAUAACCACACCCUUGCCCUCACAAAUGGUGGACAUGUCUAUGGGUGGGGUUAUAACGGUAACGGACAGGUAGGCAAUGGCACCGGUAAUAACCAAUCCGUGCCCAUCCAAGUGAAUGGUUUGCUCGAGUCGUGUCGCGUUGUGUCCAUCGCUUGCGGAGUCAAUCAUUCAAUGGCGGUGUCGGACACCGGAGCUGUCUAUUCAUGGGGAUACAAUGAUUAUGGACAGUUAGGUUUAGGACACCAAACUGGCCAAACACUUCCGGUGCUAAUCACACAUUUAGACAAUAUAUUCAUAUGUCGUGUGGUUUGCGGAUACAAUCACACAAUGGUUUUGUCAGACGAGGGGAAAGUCUAUAUGUUUGGACAGUGCGAUGGGGGACAGUUGGGCACCGGUAACACAGCUCUUCAAACAAUACCCGUCCAGUUGGACAACAGUUUGGGUCGAUUUCUAGACAUCGCAUCCAAUCGGGCGACAAAUAUAUCAGCGGCCAUCACACUGGAGGGCCGGUGCUAUGUAUGGGGUCAAUGCCAGCCCCUAAUCGGAAAUACGAGAUAUGAGUCAUUACACGACAUAUUUGCCGUCUUCUCGGCGCCUACCGUUACCUAUGAAUCAGUUGUAUUGAGUGAUCUGUUGGACAAUCCAUUAAAUGCUAAUAUGGAUGAGGCUUUCGACGACCGCAACACCAGUAACUUCAAGAUUAUAGUCGAGGGAAAGCCUAUUUACGUCCACAAAGAAAUACUUCGCAUCCGAUGCCAACACUUCAGGUCUUUGUUUGGAAACAAUUGGCCCGAAGGAGAGAAAGAGGAACUGGAGUUAGACCAGUAUUCAUAUGAAGUCUAUAAGUCAUUCCUGCGAUACCUAUACACGGGUGAGGUAUGUGUGGCACCGGAAGAUGGGAUCGAGUUAUUAGAUUUGGCCGAAUCUUACUGCGAGACACACCUCAAGCAAAAGUGUGUCCGACUUAUACGGAACGGUAUUACAGUCGACAAUGUAAUCCCUGUCUAUUUGGCUGCCAUUAAGUUCACAAUCAAAGAGCUCGAAGACCUGUGUUUCACAUACUCUUUGGCGCACAUGACUCGAGUCACACAAUCGCAGGCCUGUAAGGACAUGGAGCCUAAAAUCUAUAAGGAUUUCAUUACUAAAGCCUCCGAGAAGGGGGCCUUCAGACACUAA